AUGUCUUCAUCAUCAGAAAAUAACAUCCCAAUUGAUAUUCAACAAUAUGAAAAACUUCAAGAAACAUCUACAAGAUUAUCAAAACAGUUUACAGAUCAUUUGAAUCAAGUUGAAAAAACAAUGAAAAAGAUGUCUAAAUCUACAUCAGAAUCAGGGAAAGUUUAUAAAACGUCAUUGAUUAAUUUGACAAAAGCAUUGAAUGAAAGCAUGCAAUUGAAUUUAUCUUUGAUUACAGAUUGUGAUGAAUUAGACAAAGAAUUAGCACAUUUAUCUAUACUAAGUAAUCAAAUUAAAUUAGUAAACAAAGCAUUAGAUGAAUUACAAAAAGCAUUACAAAUUUGA